AUGGCUGGGAUGUGGCCAGGCAGGUCAAAACACCUGCUGCAUUGGCUCUUCUCCACCCUAUCCGCUGGCUCUGCCCCAGCUCAUAUUCGCUGUCAUUCCUGCUACAAGGUUCCUGUGCUGGGUUGUGUGGACCAGUAGCCCUGCCACCUGAAACCAAGACACAAAUGCCUGACAACAAAUGUGUACCUCAGCAAGAUGUGGGUUUUCUCCAACCCUUGCUGUGGCAUGACUGAAGAGGUCUGAUGAGAGACCUUCAUCCAAACCAACUGCAAGCUGGGCCUUACCUAUAACACCACCUGCUAUGACAAGGACAACGGCUACAGCCCAGCCCCUAGGCCCACUCUGGCCCUGGGCCUGGCCCUCCUCACCUACUUGGCUGGCCUUGGCCUCUGUCUGCUGCGCUGA